AUGAACUCCGGAAAAAAUUCCAUCUCUCGACCUGGCUCUACGGAGCUUGGGUUUUCGCGGACGAACACGGCCCUGACGGUAGAGACGGACACCGCCAGUUUGGCAAAUUGGAUGCUGUUGGCCGGCUAUCUGGUGAUUCCCGGUACAUUCACCAGCCUCCAGAAGUCCGACUCGAUUGAGGACAAACUGUCCCAGAAUCACGCAGAAAAGGCGAUCCUGGAGACAAUUCAGAACCCGCCACUAGUAGCCAUAGCAUGGUCACUUCUUAGCAUCGGUAUUGGAACUAUAUGCUUCUUGUUCAACCGGUGGAGAACGAACUAUCUGUGGCUCGUUAACAGAUUAUUUAUUCCGACGCUUCUGAAUACAGCAGCCGGGUUACUCACGUCUCUCAUCAAUAUAUAUACGGCGAAGGGAGGGGACUGGUCAGUAAUGGCUCUUCUGACGGUUAUAGUGAGUGGAGUUCUAGCAGCUACAUCUGGUGGCUUGAUGGUCUUCUACAAGUUCUGGAAGCUCAGGAUCGUCGAGGCGGACCACGAGAGGGAGACCAGAGCGGGAAUCUCACAGGUAUAUCCCCGAAACUCAGCGACAUAG